AUGGCCAUGGAUUCCAUGGCCGCUUCUAUCGGGGUUUCCGUCCCCGUGCUCCGCUUCCUCCUCUGCUUCGCCGCCACCGUCCCUCUCAGCUUCAUCUGCCGCUUCCUCCCCCGCGGCCUCCCCAAGCACCUCUACUCUGCCGUUGUUGGCAUCAUCCUCUCCUACCUCUCCUUCGGCGUCUCCUCCAACCUUCACUUCCUCGUCCCCAUGCUCCUUGGCUACGCCUCCAUGCUCCUCUUUCGCCGCCGAUGCGGCAUCCUCACCUUCUUCCUCGGAUUCGGUUACCUCAUUGGCUGCCACGUGUAUUACAUGAGCGGCGAUGCAUGGAAGGAAGGUGGCAUCGACGCAACUGGGGCCUUGAUGGUUUUGACGCUCAAGGUUAUAUCGUGUGCGGUUAAUUACAACGAUGGAUUGGUGAAAGAGGAGGGCUUGCGCGAGGCCCAGAAGAAGUACCGUCUGGUCAAGUUGCCUUCGCUCCUUGAGUACAUUGGUUACUGCCUCUGCUGUGGCAGUCACUUUGCCGGUCCUGUUUAUGAAAUGAAGGAUUAUCUUGAUUGGGCAGAAGGAAAAGGGAUUUGGAGCUCUGAAGGUGAAGGGCCAUCGCCAUCACCUUACGGGGCAACCAUCCGGGCUCUCUUCCAAGCUGGUUUUUGCAUGGCCAUGUAUUUAAACCUUGUGCCUCAUUUUCCUCUGUCCAAGUUUACUGAUCCUACCUACCAUAAAUGGUGUUUCUGGAAAAAAAUAAGUUACCAGUAUAUGUCUGGCUUUACUGCACGCUGGAAGUAUUAUUUCAUUUGGUCAAUUUCAGAAGCUUCUAUAAUCAUCUCUGGCCUGGGUUUCAGUGGCUGGACUGAUUCGUCCCCACCAAAGCCAAGAUGGGACCGGGCAAAAAAUGUAGAUAUAAUAGGUGUUGAGUUUGCAAAGAGUGCAGUUACAAUCCCAGCUGUGUGGAAUAUUCAAGUUAGCACUUGGCUUCGCCAUUAUGUUUAUGAGAGGCUUAUUCAGAAUGGGAAGAAACCAGGUUUCUUUCAGCUUCUUGCCACCCAGACCGUUAGUGCUGUUUGGCAUGGUCUGUACCCUGGAUACAUAAUAUUCUUUGUUCAGUCAGCAUUAAUGAUUGCUGGUUCCAGAGUCAUUUAUAGAUGGCAGCAAGCUGUGCCUCCGACAAAGGCUCUGCUCAAGAAUGUCUUUGUGAUUAUGAACUUUGCCUAUACACUUUUGGUUCUAAAUUACUCCUGCGUUGGUUUCAUGGUGUUAAGCCUUGAUGAAACUCUUGCCUCAUAUGGAAGUGUGUAUUACGUUGGGACCAUUGUUCCUGUUAUUACGAUUCUUCUUGGUAAAGUAAUCAAACCUGGGAGGCCUGCCAGAUCUAAAGCUCAGAAGGAACACUUUGCUGCCCCUGGCUUUCAACAUCUUGUAACAGCUCCCUUGGUCUUGAAAAAGUGGGUGGGCCCUUUCAUACUUCUAGCUUUAGCAUUGAGUUGUAUUUCUGAGAUGAGAAACAUAAUGUUGGCAGAUACUCUGAUGUAG